UUGCUUCCGUGUUUUCUGUUGAGGACCGAUCAGGAGAAGGGUUGAAAUACACUGUGCCAUGGGCUCAUCAACAAUGUUUGAUCUUAGACCUCGACAUCGACCUCGCUGCUGGGUCUGACUUGGUCGAUAGGAGCGCGACCAAGCAACUUGGGAGGCGAUCAUAGGACCAGAUCGCUGUUGUCCUACUUCGACCCCGACUCGGACGGCAUAUUGUACAAACAUGAGGAAAUCAAACAUUCAAGUUCAUGUUCGGAUACGACCACAUAAACCUAGUGAUGGACCAUGGCGGGAGGACUCAUUAUCGCUGCCAUCGAAUCGCACGAUAGUAGCGAUCAGUGAGAAAGGCAGAGCAUUCACCUAUCCCUUGUCUCACUGUCAUGAUACGGACAGCACUCAGAGCAGUGUUUUUGAGCACGUAGAGCCUUUACUUGACAAAGUUCUGGAGGGAACAAACGCGACUGCUUUCUGCUACGGAGUCACGGGCUCUGGAAAGACUCAUACAAUGCAGGGGACCGACUCCGAUCCAGGCAUUAUCCCCCGUGCUGUGCAGGCUUUGUUCGACCGAGUCGAGGAGUUGGACGACCGGACCACAGUCAUCUCAUUCUCAUUCGUCGAAAUCCUCAAGGACGAGGUUUACGAUCUUCAAGAUGCUAGCAAUGGCUCAGGCAAUAGUGGCAACCGUCGUUGGAGCAAUUCAGGGCCAAAAGCUGAACAGAGACGCAAACUUGACCUGCGGACCGAUGGCAAAGGCAACAAUACCGUCGCCAAUAUGCAAACCACGGUGGUCUCCAGUCCCGAAGAGUUCAGAGACUUGUACAAUAUUGCCGCAGCGACACGAAAGGUCGCAUCUACCAAUCUCAAUCACGGCUCAUCUCGAUCACAUGCCAUCUUGACUCUUUACGUACACAUGGAGUGGGAAGAUGGAUCGACCCAGCAGAGCAAAAUCUGCUUGACUGAUCUUGCGGGAUCAGAGAACAACAACCUGACUGGCAACGAUGCAGAACGUAUGCGAGAGAGCUCUGCGAUCAACAAAUCGCUAUCUACCCUGAAAACGGUAGUGGAUGCAAUCAACACAAAUGCCUCAAGGAUACCAUAUAGAGACUGCAAGCUUACGAGGAUUCUGCAAGACGCCCUUGGUGGUACUGCCGCCGGGUUGCUGAUAUGCUGCUUGGCACCGGGAAACAAAUUCACCAAGGACACCAUCAAUACGUUGACGUUUGCGUCAAAGGCGAGCCAAGUCGAAAACGCGGUGUCCACCAACGAGCGCACGGCUCGUCGCGUCUCUGUCGCCCCUCCCGCUGCCCGGCCUUCCACAGCUCUUCCUGGUGCGAGAGCAUCCCUCGCCUCUAUGCAAAGAUCAGCAACCUCACUGGGACUGUCUCCCCAACGAUCAGCCCUUGCGCCGCUCCGGUCGACGACAUUUGGGUCUCUCGGCUCCUCUUCGGGUUCGGUAAACAGGUCUGGGGUGCUGCGACCGUCCAUCUCCGCCAACGUCUCGCGCACGAUGACCACCGGUCUUCCAAGAAGAACCACCAUGAGCGCAUCUACUCGUCCAGUCGGUCAUAGCAAGGAGAACCCCGAUUACGACAUGUCACAUGUUGCCAAGGGUAAAUCUACUCAUCCAAUCGACGACGCGUUCACGAAGGCUGGUGGGAUGACUCUUGAUGAGGCGAGGGCAUUCUACGAUCGCUGUCGAGCGGCAGAAACUGCCACGGAUGGGCUGUUGGACCCUGCGGACACGACGAAGGGUACACUGAUCGAGUACAUGACUGAGGAAGAACGCGGUAGCAGAUUACGUUCCUGGGUUCGGAAAGGCCGCUCAUAUACCGAUGGGGGAGAUCUUGACCAAGCAUACAAAUCGUUCAAGAACGCUUGGAUGUACCAACCGGACAAUGACAAGCUUCGCUUACAGUGAGGCACGAUGGCAAAGGGCGUGAGGUUUACCUACUCCUACAGCGUCCUUGCACUGGAAGAGACGGUCGAGAAGAAAAAUGCUGCCCGUCAACGACUGGCCCGCUUGGCUUCGAGCACAGGUAUGAUCAACACCAUUCCUAUUGGCUUGAAAAGGACACGACAGACCAUGGAAGUGCUGGAUGAGGGAAUGGAGGACUCCCCGGACACGGCAUGGGCUAGCAAUACUCCCACGGCGGUCGACAUGAAUUGGCGCCAGCCUUCUCCCAAGCGGAGAAUGAUGACUUCGGCUUUGAGGAUCUGAGGGAUCAUCUCGAUCUCGACUAUUUCCAUCUCCGAGCA